AUGCAUCAAAAUAAAAGCAUCACUGAAUUCAUACUGUUAGGACUGACACAGGAUCCUGUGAAGCAGAAAAUGGUGUUCAUCAUUUUCUUAAUUUACUACACGGGAACUAUGGUGGGAAAUUUGCUCAUUAUUAUGACCAUCAAGUUCAGUCGAACUCUUGGGAGUCCAAUGUACUUCUUCCUAUUUUAUUUGUCCUUAGUUGAGGCUUGCUUUUCAACAUCCACCGCCCCAAGACUAAUUGCAGAUGCUCUCUCUGCAAAGAAAGUCAUAUCCUACAAUGAGUGCAUGACUCAGGUCUUUGCACUGCAUUUAUUUGGCUGCAUGGAGAUCUUUGUCCUCAUCUUCAUGGCUGCUGAUCGCUACGUGGCCAUCUGUAAGCCUCUGCGUUACCCGACCAUCAUGAGAAGACAGGUCUGCAUCAUCUUGAUUAUUUUUGCCUGGAUCGGUUCUUUUAUACAUUCUAUAGCUCAGAUUGCCCUGGCCUUGAAACUGCCUUUUUGUGGACCAAAUUUGAUCGAUCAUUACUGCUGUGAUUUGCAACCCUUGUUGAAACUUGCCUGUAUGGACACUUAUGAGAUCAACCUCCUAUUGGUGUUCAAUAGUGGGGCUCUUUGUUCAACUAGUUUCUUGCUUUUGAUAAUCUCAUACUUUGUUAUCUUGCAUUCACUGAGAAACCACAGUGCAGAAGGGAGGAAGAAAGCUCUUUCCACCUGCACCUCUCACAUCAUUGUAGUCGUCAUAUCAUUUGGCCCAUGUAUAUUCGUCUAUACACGUCCAGCAACCACUUUCUCUAUGGACAAAAUGGUAACACUCUUUUAUACCAUCGGUACACCUUUUCUCAACCCUCUCAUCUACACAUUAAGGAAUGCGGAAGUAAAGAAUGCCAUGAGAAAGCUGUGGAGAAUCAAAAUUACCUCACAAAACAAAUGA